AUGGUUCACAAUAUAGGAUCUAACUCAGGUAGAGAAGUCAUAAACUUCUCAUAUAAUGCUAGCACUAACAUUGCAGCUUCUCAACAAGAUCCUGAUGUGAUCAACGAACAAGAUCGGUUGCUACCGAUCGCGAAUGUAGGUCGUAUCAUGAAGCAAAUCCUUCCCCCCAACGCGAAAAUCUCAAAAGAAGCUAAAGAAACCAUGCAAGAAUGUGUAUCAGAGUUCAUUAGCUUUGUGACUGGCGAAGCAUCAGAUCAUUGUCGUAAAGAAAAGCGAAAGACGGUCAACGGAGACGAUGUGUGUUGGGCAAUGUUGAAUCUAGGGUUUGAUGAUUAUGCUGAGCCAUUGAAGAGGUAUUUGCACAAGAUUAGGGAGCUUGAUAGUGAAAGGGCUAACCAAAAUAAAGUGGCUAGUAGCAGUAGUAAUGAACAGAAAGAUCAUAUUCGUCAUCCUCAUCAAGAAACUUCAUCAAAUUACAGAUCUGCAGGUAACCAAGAUGCUCAAAAAGAUACUGUUUCACCCUCCCCAAAUCCUUUUAAGUUUACUGUUAUAGAUAAAAGAAAUAAAUAUUAAUUAGGGUUCAUGACGUUGUUACUUUUAUGGGUUGGAGAUUCAGGGUGUUUUUAACUGGGUCAGUAAAAUUUUAAAUACUUGUAUGAUAGAUGAUCCUGACCCUGAAUAAAUUUACAUCUAGGGUUAGAAAAUGAGACUGAAAGAAUAACAUAUUAGGGUGUGCCUUUGUGGAUCAUGAAGUUUUUGUAUCAUAUUCGAGCUUCUAUCGAUACCGCAAAUGACAAUUUCAAAUUUCAACUUUUGUAUGUUUAAGGUUAAUUUGUACCUCUAUGGUCAUUUUCUUAUAUGAAUUGCAUCAAGUUCUAGUGUGUGCUUAAUCAUUUGAUCUUGUUAGAGCAUUCCUAUAUGAGUGUUUUGCAUAGUUGUAUUUUUGUUGUUAGUUAUUUUUAUUUUUUUAUUUUUUUGUUAUGAAGAUGAUCUUAAUUUGGA